AUCUGAGUCAGUUUCUCCAAACCCACACUGUACACCUCACACCUCAGCAGUACUUAAGUGACUUCAAGACAGCUGCUUUUGUUGUCCCGUGUGAUGGAGACAAAUAUUUCUAAUAUCUGAAGCCGGACUGACAUUAGCUUCCAGCCAUGGGGGACUGGUCUUACAUGUCCUCUUUGUUGGACAAGGUCCAGUCUCACUCCACGGUGGUGGGGAAGAUCUGGAUGAGCGUCCUCUUCCUGUUCCGGAUCUUUGUCCUGGGAUCUGCCGCGGACAAAGUUUGGGGGGACGAAGUGUCUGAGUUCUACUGCGACAGCCAUGAACCAGGGUGUCAACACAGCUGCUACGACUGGAAGUUCCCGAUAUCCUACGUUCAUUACUGGGUCCUGCAGAUCACCUUUGUGUCCACGCCCACCCUGGUGUACCUGGGCCACGCGAUCCACAUCAUCCACAGAGAGAAGAGGCAGAUGGAGAAGCUGCGGGAUGUCUGUGAUGGGGCCCCACCAAAGGGGCUGAAGUACAUAGACGAAAGGGGAAAGGUGAAGAUAACGGGCGUCCUCUUCUGCACUUACAUGACCCAGCUGGUGUUCAAGAUCCUCCUGGAGGUGGGUUUCUGUGUGGGACAGUUCUACAUCUACGGCCCCCCGUUCAUGGAGCCUUACUUCCACUGCACCAAGUCUCCGUGUGCCAGUUUAAGCGGUGCCCAGUGUUAUGUUUCUCGUCCAAGUGAGAAAACCAUUUUCGUGUUCUUCAUGCUGGUGGUUUCCGGCAUCUCGGUGCUCCUCAACAUCGUGGAGAUGAUUUACCUGCUGUGUAGCCGGAGGAGAGAAACCAGGAAUCAUUAUAAGGAGGCACUCUGAUAGCAGUGCACCUCCAACCUGGAAUGGGGAACCGGGAGGAACCAGUAUGGAGGCUGCCCAGUAAUGCCCCUGCCCCCUCAGGGUCCGACAGGCCCCGUCAGUGAGGACAAACACACAGACUCAGAUGUCAGUAAAGACAAGGUCCCCUGAUUCAUGAACACUUGUAAAUUAAUUGUAAACACAUUUUUGCUCAGUAAUAGAGUUAAGGAGGUUUCUUUAAAUAUUGUACACCCAAUAUAAAUAUAAGUUUAAUUAAAAAAAUAUUAUUAUAUUAUUGCUUUCAACUAACCUAAUAGUUAUGUGAAUCCAUUGACAUAAUACACUUAAAUCAAGUCAAAGUUUCAGUUUUUACAGCAUACCCUGCAAAAAGACACUGCAGAUAUUUAGAUUUUCUAUCAUUCCUGUAGGUUUUGUAAUUUACAAGAAGAAAUUAGUUACCAUUUAUUUUAUGAAUGUAUGUAUUGUAGAAUGUUUUGUAAAAAUACAACACCAGGAUAGAGACAAUCUUACUUCAAAGGUGACAGUGUGGAUGCAGAUGUUUUGUACAGUUUAUUUUAUUUUUAGGGAUAUUUCAUAUUCACAAAAAGCAAUGGGCUGAAUCCAGACCAAAUUUUGAACUGUUUUAUCAAGAGCUAAAACAAUAUUGCAGAACUAUUAAAAAAAUGAUGAAUAAAAAGGCAGUCAAAAGUAAUUGUGUAUUUAACAAAUGUUUAAUCUGAAAUAUGAAACCGUAUCUUCCUUUUCUUUUUUUAUAUAUUUACUUUAUGUAAUUUUUGACGUCAAAUUUUUUGUAUACAACAUAUAUAUGAUGUUCAAAUAAAGUAAACAAAUUAAUAAUAAUAAACACAAAUGCUCACAAAUGCAGUGGUGGAAGAAAUAAACAUAUCCUUUCUCGUACGGUGUCCUUGAGUGCCGAGAGAGGCGCCUUCAAAUAAAAUGUAUUAUUAUUAGAAGUACUAAUACCCAGUUUUGGAAGAAGUACUAAGAUCCUUUACUUAAGCAAAAGUACAAAUACCAUGCUCUUAAAAUACUCCAUUACAAGUCAAUCUUCUUUUUAUGAGAUUUUGAUUAGAAGCCUGAAAUAAAAGUCUUGGUAAUUAAUUAAAGAAAUCGUGUACGUUAUUUGUUCACCUUCAUGCCUGACCCUAAUAUUCUUCCAUAUUCUUUAUAUUAAAAAACUUAGUCCACACAUUCAUUUUGCACACACAUAUGUGAAAUGUUUUAAACCCUUUCAGAGAAUUCAUCACAAAAGAGACCCAGUCUACUCUGUGUGUGUGCAGCAGGAGGGUAUGUCAGGUCGGUAGGAUGGCAGUACAAACACCAGGGGGCAGAGUCCUCUUUAAAUCUACUCCAGUCAGACGCAUGGUCACAGCGAGAAUUACUUGCUGUGACCAGCAGAUGUUCCUGACAACUUCAAUGUACUUUUCAAUAAAUACCAGCAAGUGUUGUCUACAAGAAGACAAGGCAUUAAACUAGUAAAACGUUGCUGAGCACCCAUAAAACGUUCUGUAUUAAAGUAUAG